AUGAAGUAGUUGCGCAACUGACAGCCUUAGCCCCUAGCCUGCCCGAUUGGAUUUUCGACAGCGUUAACGUGUCUGAGAAUAUCUUCCCAGGAGGACGUCAAUCAGAAAAUGUAGCGGUAGAUUCAGCCCCUGAUGAGGAGGUAGAUGAUUCCGACAUACUGGGACCAGACAUGCUGCAGUUCAUGCUGCAAACGAUUCGUCACAGGGAGGAAAGGGACAAGAAGAAGCAAGCCGCCAACGAAGAUGAGUUUGCGUUGCCGCCAAUAAAGUGUGCAGCACCUCCAAAAAUCCUUCCUGAGGGCGAUCGGACACUUACCGAAAUUUCCAAAAUAGAAACUUUUAUUCAAGAUUAUUAUGACUACGUCAGCGAGUGUCGUGAGGCACCGCUAUGGCCUGUCCUCCCCUUUAGAAAAUGUACAUGA